AUGUGGGCGAAGACCGGGAAGGACUGGACCGGGAAGAGUAACCCGGGCGUGCAGGCCUGGACCGGAAUGCCUGGACCGGGGAGAGUAGCCCGGGCGUGCAGGCCUGGACCGGAAUGCAUGGACCGGGGAGAGUGUAUGAACUUGAGGAGCAGAGGUUCAUCAAGCCUUGUUCCAAGAGUUGAAGACAUAGCUGCACUUGAGAGAGAGUUAGUACGAAAGAGAAGAGAAGAAGAGCAACAGGUUCACUUGCAGAGAUUGGGGUUUGAUAUGGAGAACCUAACUCAACAAGAAGCUGCUCAAGCUGGUAUUGGUCAAGGAGGUGCCAACCUUAGACCUCAGCGCCAGCCACAACACCCUCCACGCCAAGCUAGAGCCAUCGGGGCCUACGAUCAACCUCACAUCAAUGAUCCUUUUGACCACUUGGACAAGUUUGAUAGCUACUGUGGUUUGUCCAAGACCAAUGGAGUGUCAGAAGAUGCUUUGAAGCUCAGGCUCUUCCCUUUCUCUCUGGGAGACAAGGCAAGACAGUGGGAGAAGUCUCUCCCAAGCGACUCUAUCACUACUUGGGAUGAGUGCAAGGAAGCCUUUCUAGACAAGUUCUUCUCCAUCUCCAGGACAGCUAAGAUCAGGAAUGAGAUCUAUGGGUUUCAGCAGAGGAACUUAGAAAGUUUCAGUGAAGCAUGGGAGAUGUUCAAAGGCUACCAAGCUCAUUGCCCACACCAUGGCUUCUCCAAAGAGAGCUUGUUGAGUACCUUCUACAGGGGAGCUAUACCACAGUGCAGAAACAGGCUUGAUACUGCUAGCAAUGGUUUCUUCUUGGGCAGGACUGAGGAGGAAGCAGAAGAGCUGGUGGAGAACAUGGCUAAGAGUGACUCAGUUUAUAGUGAGGGGCAUGAUAGAGCCAACAGAGGUGAUGAUCACCAGACUAAGAGAGAGCUCAAGUCUUUGCAAGACAAGUUGGACUUUAUUCUCUCCACCCAAGCUAAGCAAGAGCAAAUGAACUUUGUGGGUGGUCCUAGUCAAGAAGCACCUCCUAAGGUGAAUGAAGUAGAUGGUUUGGAAGGGCAAGAGGAGUUGUGCUUCAUCAAUAGCAAUAGUACUUGGUACAAAAAGGAACCUAACUUUCAGUACAACAAAUACCAGCCUAGGCAAAACACACCUCCUAGUUUUGGGAACAACAACAAUCAGUCCACUCAAGCUCAAGGAAACUCUUCUCAAGCUACAGCUACUGAUUCAAGUAUGGAGUCAAUGUUCAAGCAGAUAAUGGAUGCUCAGUCUAGAUUAGCAAAGGACAUUGGUCAUGAGUUCCAAACCGUGCACUCCAAGAUUGAUACUAGCUAUACCGAGCUGAACAACAAGUUCUUACUACUUGCCUCUCGCUUCAACGCUUUGGAGAGUCAGGUCGCCUCUAUGCCAUCAUCUUCCAAGAGCCCAAUGGGAUCACUACUAGGGAAACCAGAUAAGAAUCCCAAGGAGUCUUGCAAUGUUGUCAUCUCUACUACUUCUUCAAAGAUUGAGCUGAGUGAUCAUGAGAAAGAGGUGGAUGAGAUUGAAAGACUUUUGCAUGGAACAUAG